AGGAAAUUAAAUUUUUAGUGGCGUUAUCUCGUAUGAUCGAAGAGCGCACAGCGCUCCUGCCGGACUGUUUUGCCUGUUUUGCCCUUAUCCUGCAGCACUCGAUAAAAUAAGUAGUUUACUGUUUAUAAAACGUGAUUUUAACUGUUUCCAAAACAGCUGAAAUAUUGCAUAAUACGCGUAUUCCUACUCAUCACGCGUAAUUGAAUUAUUGUUGCGCGGAAGUCUUCGGCACGAUGCACAUUUCGGUCAUUACUGCUGUACAAGCAUUUAUAUCCACAGUUGCCUACUGCAGUCUGCCAACUCUAGCAGAGCUCCAUAAUAUCGAUCGCACGGCAACGGGGUCACGACCCAAUGAUAUUGCCAAUGGGAAAAUUGUAAGGGGUGCACGGCAAACGGCUCUAGGGACUUUCACCAACGAAACACACAAGGACACGCAAUGGCGCAUGCAAAUGGCGGAAUUCAACUUAAGCGACUUGCUGGUCCGGAGAAAGAGAGCUGCACAGCGGAUCGCUGCGGGCGCUACAACACUUUAUGACGAGUUUCUGAUGUCGAAAAUGGACAACAACACCAUCCGCUAUAAAAAUAUUGCGGAGAUGCCGUCAUCUUUAUUUUGGAAAUUCAACGUGGAAACGAAUGAAACGGUUGCCGACUGCAACCGUAGUUAUGUCGUGCUCCCCGAUCGCCUGCCCAACGACAGCGAACCAAUAAUCGAAGCCAUUCAGUACAGCGCUGGACUGGACGAGACAGCAUUCCGGCCGAACAGCCUGGCUGAUAAAUCCAUAGGAUGGCAAUAUUUUAGCACAAACACAGGACCACUUCGGUUAUACUCCGGCCGUGAGUGUCCUAAAAAUGUCACGGAAUACAAACGUGCUGCUGACCCCAGAUUGCUCUCAUGGUACAAUUCAGUCGCAAGCGGACCCAAGGAUGUCGUUAUCAUUAUUGACUGCAGCUUUUCCAUGAAUGACGAAAACUUCUCAGUUGCUAAAUCGGUGGCUGCAACUGUUAUUGAGGCUUUAACCAGUCGCGAUUACUUUAAUGUAAUUUGUGCACGAAAAGGAGACCGGACGACACGAAAUUCGGGAGAUGCCGUGUCUGAAGUGUCAGGCUGCAAUAACGCGUCCUUGGUGCCAGCCACAACAGCCAAUAAAGCGGGCAUCGUUGAGACGGUCAACCGUCUACAGGCGACUGGGAACAGCGAUCUCAGGAGCGGUUUUCAAGCAGCAUUCGAUUUGUUGAAGCCUUCUCGGCGUACGCAGUGUCAAAGUAUUAUCAUCUUUGUCAGCAAUGGAAAACAUUCUUCCGAAACCGAAGGACAGUCCAGUGAGACCGCAGUCCGAAACCUGGUCGACUCUCAGAACAAAUUAAUUAAACCUAAGGCGCGGAUUUUCAGUUUUCUUAUUGGAGCAGAUAGUAAUUGGGCUUUACACGAGAGUUUGUCGUGUUCCAGCGGAGGUGCCGUGGUCAGUUUAACAACCACGGACGAUUUGAUCAACCAGAUGCAGCCGUAUUUUGUGUACCUGUCACAACGAACGGUGGAAUGGGCAGGGCUGUGGACUCCGCCUGAGCGGAAACCAUGGAAUCGACGUGUGGCCAUAACAUAUGCCGUGGCGGCUGUCAGCAAAAUGACGAUGAGAACACUGGGUUUCGCUGCUGUGGAUGUUACAUUAACGGAAAUCGAAGAGCUUCUUAAUCGAUACAAAUGGGCUCCCGGGUAUAUUUUCGUUAUCGACCGCAAAGGCAAGACAAUCAUACAUCCACAACUCCCAAAAAACAUGCCGGCUUUGCAAGGAUCAGUUAACAUCAAAGCGUUCGAGCAAAAUGGGACAGGCGAUCCCGAGUUCUUCGGUGCCGUUGAACAGGCUAUGCGGAGGGGAGAGAAAGGUUACAAAACACUCCUCACGAAAAAUAUGACCUACUACUAUGCGCCUGCCAGUGAGGAAUACAGUUUCGCUUUCGUCGUAACCCCUUCACAUACUCCUGAUCAAAGCAGUGGUAGUGCUAAUAAGGUCAUGCGCAAGCAACUGGGUGAGCUUUCCAACGUUGGUGAAGAGCUCUGUAAUUCUGAUCCCCACGACGAAGGAGAAGACCACUGCCCUGUUAUGCGAGAUGAUGCGCUAAUCCAAAUCCCAUGCGGAGGUUUAUAACGUUCUUCACGGAUUACUCUCGUACAGUGUGCAUUCUUUAGCAGAUUAGAAACUAAAUCUUCAAAUUCGUGCUGUAUUUUACUUUGGAAUAAGCGUUACGGGAAAGAUAUUACCAGUUUGACCCUAAAGAUUACAUUUAGAAUAAGUACAUCAGCAAUAUUAUUAAAUCACUUGUUGCAUUACGCCGGCACCGGAUUGCUGGCUUCUUUAAGUUUUCUGUCCGAUGACUGGCUAGCCUCCAAGUAUCCACAGCAUCAUAAAAUGACAAAUCUGGAC